AAAAAAAAAAAAAAGUCCUCUUGUUUAUUCAUAGUGGCCAAAAUUUCACAGGUUGUUGUUUAUAAGCAGUGGUAUAGAAUAGACAGAGUAGACCCGCGCCAACUUAGCUGGUGGGUUGGGUGUUUAUCUCUCUCUCUACCGUACGAAUCCUAUCUCUCCCUUCCUCCCUCUCUCCCUCUCUCUCCCGUCCUACAUCAAAGUUCAAAGUACCACUCCAUGUAAGAACAAAAAAGGAAGGAGCAGAAGUAGAAAAGAACAGAGCUUUACACCCACCAUCGUCUCUCCACCGAUCCCUUCUGCCCAAAAGGGGGAAAACCAUGGAAGGAGGGGAAGGCAGCAGGGGGAGCAGCUCUGUGAACGAGAAAUUCAGGGCCUUUGCCAACAACAGAUGGAUGGUCUUCGUCUGCUCAAUGUGGUACAAUCUUGCGCAGGGAUUGGGUACAUGUUUGGGAGCAUUUCGCCUGUGAUCAAGGCUACCAUGGGUUACAACCAGAAGCAGGUGGCCUUGCUUGGAGUCGCGAAGGAUUUGGGUGACAGUAUCGGGGUUUUGCCCGGGAGUUUGAUCGAGAUUCUGCCCGCCUGGGUUGUGCUGCUGAUUGGUGCUGUCCAGAGCUUUCUUGGGUAUGGCUUGGUUUGGCUGAUUGUCACCCACAGAUUGCCUCCUCUCCCUCUCUGGGUGCUGUGUGCAGCUAUAUUCGUUGGAACGAAUGGCGAGACCUACUUCAACACAGCAGAUAUGGUUUCUAGUGUCCAGAACUUCCCCAAGCACCGUGGUCCUGUUGUUGGGAUGCUGAAAGGAUUCGCUGGGUUGAGUGGUGCAAUUCUGACUCAGGUGUAUGCCAUGAUCAAUAUUCCCGACCAUUCGUCGUUGAUCUUCAUGGUGGCAGUUGGCCCAACCAUGGUGGCUAUUGCGCUGAUGUUCUUUGUUAGGCCUGUUGAGGGCCACAAGCAAGCGAGAGAAUCAGACGGUUCAAGCUUCUCAUUUGUCUACGCUGUUUGCGUUGUUCUUGCAGCAUAUCUGUUUGGCAUCUUGAUAGUGAAUGAUAUUUAUGAUCUGAGCCACAAUAUGGUUACGUUGCUCACUGUCAUAUUGCUCGUUAUCGUGUUACUUCCUGUUCUGAUUCCAAUCAAGUUGGUUUUCUUCUCUGAGCCAGAGUCCUCAAUAGUUGAUCCCCUUCUUUCCAAGGUAGAAAAACAAGUAGCAACUAGACAUCCGCCAGAGCGAUUAGGGAGCUUUGUCUUAAGUGAAAGCGAAGAUGACAACGGCGAGGGGGGUUCUCUCUCAAUAUCGGAGAGGAAUAAAAGAAUGGCUCACUUGCAAGCUAAGCUAUACCAAGCUGCAGCAGAAGGAGCUGUGAGGGUGAAGCAGAGAAAAGGCCCACGUAGAGGGGAAGACUUCACAUUAAUGCAGGCAUUAGUGAAGGCUGAUUUCUUGCUUAUCUGGUUCUCUCUUGUUCUUGCUGCUGGAUCUGGACUUACUGUCAUUGACAACCUGGGUCAGAUUUGUCAGUCUCUGGGUUAUGAUGAUGCCAAUAUCUAUGUCUCAAUGAUGAGCAUUUGCAACUUUCUCGGUCGUGUCGCUGGUGGCUACUUCUCGGAAGUCGUUGUAAGAAAAUUUGCAUAUCCAAGAGUGGUGGCUAUGGCUGUGGUAGAGUUCACCAUGGCAAUGGGACUAUUCUACUCGGCCAUGGGAUGGCCGGGACAGAUUUAUGUGGUGAGCAUUGUCAUAGGGCUCACCUACGGCGCCAAUUGGGCGAUCGUGCCUGCAGCAGUAUCCGAGCUAUUCGGGCUGAAGAGCUUUGGCGCCUUGUACAACUUCCUUAAUCUGUCGACUCCUGCCGGUUCUCUUGUGUUCUCCGGUGUCAUUGCCAGCAGGAUAUACGACUACUACGCCGAGGUACAGGCUGGCCUCCACACACUUAAUUCAGCUGCAUUGCUUGGAAAGCCUCUCCAGGAGGAGGAACCUCUCAAGUGCAUGGGCUCAAUAUGUUUCUCCUUGACAUUCGGGAUCAUGGGUAGUCUCUGCAUUGUCGCGAUGGUUGUGAGCUUGGUUGUGGUUCGUCGGACCAAAGGCGUCUAUGCUCAGCUUUAUGGGAAAUCUCUCGCCUGAGAGUAUUCAUCUGCUGCAGAUUUCCCCCUUCAGAUGUGUUUGAGACCAGCAGAAGCUAGUGUCCCUCUUUAAUGAAAAAGGUUGGAGGGGGUAAAGGGUCAAAUAUUGAAAUUCUCCUUUCUCCUUUGAUGGGCAGUUCACCUUCCAACCCCAAACCUCUCCUCAUAUGUGUUUCAGAGUUCUUCCACAUUUGUGCAGUGCAUUACCCGGAGAGUGAUCUGCUUGUUAUCGUUGCGCCCUUUCGUUCGUUCGUGAUUACGCCUGUAAUGUUCAUUGAUCAACUCUUGGUGUUGUAAUCAAAGUCGUCCCGUUCCAUCGUGAUUUGUAUGUGUAAUUACCUUGUCAAUUAAAUCAGAGAUUUAUCAAAAGCGAGGAGAAAUUGAAGAAAUUUGAUCUCAAGCAAGAAAACAGAGUCCCCGGAGGCAGGGGAGCAAAAGCAUUCCAAACUACUAUCCAUAUUGAG